UGUGCCAUCCCCUUGUGCGUGAGAAGAGAAGGCAGAGGAAAAGUUCGGGGGGGGGGGGGAGUUGGAAUUGCCAGAGAGCCGCAGAAGUGAGCUUCAGAAUCUGUUUGCGUUCGAUCAGACGGGACCAAACAGAGAAUUGUUUCUGAAACAGACGUCUCUGUCUCUUGGCGAAUCCCACCACUAUUCACGGCUCUCCCCCCUGACCUGAUGAUGAAGGAUGCAGCUGGGAAGAGCUGUGAGGACUAUGGACUCUGAAGCGGUGGAUAGCUGCAUCCAGAGGUCACUGUCCGCCCUCUACCCUCCCUUCGAGGAAACAGCUGGCACCCUCCUCGGCCAAGUGUUUGACGUGUUGGAGAAAACCUUCCGCCAUGACGCUCUGCGCUAUGUCAUCGACUUCUUUAUCCCGGCCAAGCACAUCCUGGAGACCAUCCAGCAGCAGGCCUGUGUAA